GGAGAAAGCGCCUAUAAUUUGGAAAACAGAAGGACAAGUCGCCAAGAAUCUGAACAUGGAAGCAAAGGCCAGACUCAUCAGGUGACUCGCACAUAUAGAGCCCUAUGUUAUCCCCUUUAUGGCAAUUGUGACAUGCGAACAAGAAGACAAGCUGAUCCAGACGUACAGACCUACGAAAAGGGAGUCAAAACACAAACCCGGCAAGUGGGUAAUUCAGUUGUAUAUACAAAUCUGAAUACAAAGGGAAGGGGCAAGGAUAUCAAAGAAUACGUGAAGCGUCUGCGAUGCACGAUAGACAAUUUCGAUCCUGAGGGGAACGAGAUAUUAAAAGCCAAGCAAAAUGAGGAAAAGGAAGCCAAGAAACAACUCGAGGAAAACAUCGGGGGCGGUGGAACGGAAGCCGAGGAUGAUGAGACAGAAGACGAAGAUGAUAGAGUGGAAGAGGAAACAGAAGAAGAUGUAAGUCUCGCAACAGAUGAUAGUGAGGAAAAGAAUAGCAGCGCAGAAGCCAGAGAUCAAACCCAAGCUAAUAUCACACAAAUUCUUGAACCCAAGAAACACGGACGUCGAUUACCUGGUCAAUCGAGCAGGUCUAAUGGUGGAGGAAUAGUAGAAGUUAAACGCUCCGGCAUGAGAGAUGAGCAAGAGACCGAGCUGGGUGUUGAGCAAGGGGCUGAGCUAGAUGAGGGAAAAGAGACCGAGGAAUAUCAUGGACUCUAGACAUCGCGAUGAGGUAGACCA